AAGACUCUUAGGAUGACAGCAGCUGUUUUGUGAUGUUCCAUUUUAGCUUUUGACAUUAUCUCAUUGUUGUCUAGAAUGGGAAGUAUAAUUAAUUUACUCCUAUGUUUGUGCAUGGUGCAUGUUUUGAUGCAUUUUAACGCUAAUGCGAAUACGUUCAGGAGGCCUUGGACGCCAGCACUAAACAGAACAAGCAUGACUGCUGUGAGGAGGGUUAGAGCUGUAAACAGACCGAUACCAAUCAACUGUAAACUGGAGAGCUGGACUGCAUGGACAUCGUGUAACUCUUGCACUGAACAAAAGUUCCGCUUCCGAAAAAUGGAGAAACCAUCGCAAUUUGGUGGGACACAGUGCUUUGAGACACUGUGGGAGACGCUGGCAUGUCCAACAGCAACCGCGCAGUGUUUGGUGCCAGAUUACUGCGGCGAGAGCUUCACCUGCAAAGAAACUGGCCGUUGUAUCAGCCAGUCCCUUCGCUGUAACGGAGAGGCAGACUGUGAUGAUUUUUCCGAUGAAGAUGGUUGUGAAGACUUCAAUCGGAGGAAUGACAAGUGCUCCACGUUCCUCACCAUCCCUGGUGCUGAGCGUGGCACUCAGGGCUAUAAUGCCUUGACUGGUGAAUUUGUGGAUCAUAUUUUGGACCCAAAGUACUUUGGAGGACAAUGUGAAUACGUCUACAAUGGCGACUGGAGAAAGUUCACCUAUGACUCCUUCUGUGAAAACUUGCACUACAACGAAGAUGAGAAAAACUACCGGAAGCCUUACAACUACCACAUUUACCGCUUCGCGGCAGAGGCCACAUCAGAGGGCUCUCAGGAAUAUUACAGUGAUGCGGUGAGCCUGUUAAACGCAAGGAAGACGAUGAGGUCCUCCAAUGAGGGCUUUUCGCUCGGCGUCUAUUACGUGCAAGGUGGACUGAGAGGAAGUAAGGAGUCCGAGUUUUUACGCAACGUAUCACAGCAUAAAAGCCAGGACUUGGGCUUCAUCAGGCUUUUAUCCACCGUGGAAACAGCUCACUUCAAGAUGAGAAGCGAUAAGCUGAUGCUCCAUGAGGAUUUCUACCUGUCGCUGAUGGAUCUCCCUGAGCAGUAUGACUUUGGCAUGUACUCCCGGUUCUUCGACACAUUUGGCACCCAUUAUGUCACUGAAGGAACCAUGGGAGGAACCUUGGAAUAUGUGGUGGUGGUCAACAAAACAUCCAUGGCUGAAUCAAAACUUGAGGUGAAGCAGGCCGGUUCAUGCUUGGGGGCCUCUAUUGGUUUGAGCUAUCCGGUCAGCGACUUGGGAACAGCAGGCCUCUCAGUGGGGGGCGAUAUAUGUAAAAAAAGAGGAAGCCUAAGUCAAGCCAGAGACACAGGUUCCGCUGUGAUUGAAGAUAUUAUCACUCUAGUGAAGGGGGGGUACACAGACACCGGCAGCGGCUUGUUGGCCAUCAGGGACCCUGAAACUUAUCGCAAAUGGGGGGCAAGUCUUAAAUACAACCCGACAGUCAUUGAAUAUGAGAUCAUGCCCAUCUAUGAGCUGGUGCGCCUGAGCACGGCCUCCGAUCACGUCGGGGCCAGACUGGCUAACCUUCAGAGGGGCUUGGAUGAGUACGAGCAGCAGUUUAGCUCCUGCCGCUGCGCCCCCUGCAAGCAUAACGGCGUCCCCGUGCUCGUUGGUACGUCCUGCAGUUGCAUCUGUAAGCCGGGCUACCAGGGAGAGGCCUGUGAGGACACAAAGCGAACAGGAACCAGGACAGAUGGGUCGUGGUCCUGCUGGGGAGAUUGGUCUCCCUGUACAUCGGGAGGGAAGCGGUGUACCAGGGCCUGUAAUAAUCCUCCACCUGAUGGAGGCGGGGCUACAUGCCUGGGCUCCUCCACUCAGACUCAGUCCUGUUGAAAUGACGUGCUGAUUUACUCAAAUAAUAUUAAGUCACUGAUGGUUUAAAUAACGUUUGAGACCAAUUGUUUAAAAUUUUAGACAAAUUGUUCAUUCAUUACACGAUAUUAAACAAGGACAGAUUAUUGGUCUAACAUGUGAAAUCACUGUGCAGCAGAGCAAGGGAGGUCAGGUCUACCGCCCAGAUAAGGAAAUCCGGAUCACUGUGACAUCACAGGGAGAAAAGUGGCUGUAGAAUGAUGGAAGCCCAUUAUGCAGAGGCAGCAGAAUUGCGCAAAUAAAUGUUUUUUAAUGAGCACAAAUAGGUGAAGGUACUCACAGGAAGUCUGGAACAAACGGCAAAAGGCUCAGUGGAAAUGUACACGGUAGUUUUGGCCGGUAAGGAUAUGUUUGUGGCGGCACAGGCGAGGAGAACAGAAGCAAUGAACAACGCGUGUACUACACAAAAUAAGAGCACCAAACAGGAAGUAACCCUUCCUGACAUUUCAGCAACAGUACCAAUAUCAGACACUUGGAGAACAAAAAGUAUUUUCGGAAGGAUCUUUAAUGUAUUAUGCUACCACCUCAUGAUACUGCUGUUCAUGCAAGUGUCUACCCAUGAAAAUGGAUAAAAAUGCUACUAUGCUAACAUGCUAAUGUUAGCAGGCUAGCAUAUAGCAUGAUUAUGGUAAGUGUUUACAAAUGUGUCUCCCCAUGAAAAUAGCAAAAAAUGCUAGUAUUCUUACAGUAGCAUGUUAACAAUGCUAACAUGCUAACAUUAGUAUGCUAAUGUUACUAACACAUAGCAUGUGCAAUGUCCCAAACAAGUGCUCUGACCAUUUUGUUUUGUGAAGUUAUAUGUGCAAAUGCUGAAAAUGGUCUCAAUGUCCAAAAAUCCAUCUUGGACCCAGACAUAGCACGCUAGCAAUGCUAACAUGCUAAUGUUAGCAGACUAGCAUAUAGCAUGAUAAUGGUAAGUGUUUACAAAUGCAUUUACCCAUGGCUGUUUUUUGCUAUUAUUUUUGCUAUGCUAUUAGCAUAUUAACAAUGCUAACAUGCUAACAUUAGCAUGCUAACACCCAGCAUGCUAACGCGUGUACUUGUGUGGUGUACUUCCAAGUAGGAAGUACACCACACAAAAUAAGAGCACCAAACAGGAAGUAACCCUACCUGACAUUUCGGCAACAGUACUAAUGUCACACAUUUGGAGAACAAAAAGUAUUUUCGGAAGGAUCUUUAAUGGAUUGUGACAAGGUGGGCUAUUUCAAAAACACUCAGUCGACUCCUGCUGCAAGCCUCUGCAUGGCAGGCCUCCACUGCCGGGCGCUGGGUUGUUACACUGGCGACUCCUCGUCUUGGUUCCUCCACUGCAGGAAGACCAGGAACCCCAGCAGCUCCAGCUGCCGUCGAUGGCGAUGUCUGUCAAGCGACAUCAUCGUAUCUCAAGUCUGUCAAAAAAACACUCAUCAUGUUGUGUGAACUGACCUUUUUGUCUGUUUGUGACCUCGCAGCCGUGUCCGCUGUAUCCGACUGGACACACACAUUCACAUCUGCUGCCUGAUGAGAUAUUAUGUAUCAGUAAUAAUUUGUAUUGAUGAUGAGUAAUACUAUGCUCAUGUACCUAUGAGUACAGCUACUCCAUUGUUGUGACAGGGAGCACAUCGACACGAACUGGCCUCUUCCAGGUACUCAAACAGGGCUCGUUUCAAGUUUCUCUUCAAGGUGUUGUGGAGGGUGAAGUCUCUGGAGGUGACCAACUCAUACAAAGGUCGCGUCUACUCGGGAAAUGCAGAUUCUCGGAAUUAGAGUGAACUGGAACGCCUCACCAACUGAGCCUUGACAGCUUGUUUUUAUUUAAAACACUUUCCACUUGGCGUCUUUUGUUGUUUACUCCCAAACUUGGCUUUAAUCAAGCCUUCUAUUUUGCCUCAAAGGACUGUGCCAAUUCUUUUUUGUUCUGUAAAUGCUUCUACUUCAGUGAGUCGGGUAAAAUUUCCACAUAUUACCAUUAAAAACAU